AAAGAAGAAGGCGCCAAUUCGGGACACCUCACAUUAUAAAGUUCGAUUUCCAAACAUUUGCGGAUUGUCCCCCAAAUCCAAAAUUUACAUCCCUAAUUUCUUAUAAUCCUUCUCUUAAAAUAUUUCAUCUUCAUCUACUAAUCAAACGAGAUUUUCAUUUUCGAUGGAUUUUGGUGUGGCAUCAUUGAGGCAAUCUGCAGUACCAAAUUCUAGGGUUUCGGUUCAAUCCCUAAAACUCUUUAAUUUAAGGUCCCAAAUUUUCAUUUCGAGACCAAUUUCUUGCAUUUCAAUGUCUGAUCACAAAUUCAAUGCUGGCCUCCAUGUCCAGGCUCAAAAGUCUGGUUCUGGGCAUGUAACUGCGACAGUUUCAUCUGUUGGUGAUGCCAAAGAACAUGAUCUGAAAAUUAAAGAGUGGGAGGCGAGAAUGCUACAACAGGAAAUGGCAGCUAGUCAGGGCAUAACUAUUAGAAGACGGCCACCAAUUUCCCCACCUUCGGGUUAUGACGGUCCAUUUGAGGUUCAAAUACAGGACAUCUCAAACACUCCGCGUAACAUUUUGGAGGAGAUUAUUUGGUAUAAGGACGUUGAGGUUUCUCAGUUCAAGGAGAGACGACCUCUGGAUGAUUUGCAAAAGGCGCUUGAUGAUGCUCCGCCAGCAAGAGAUUUUGUUGGAGCUAUAAGAGCAGCUUACCAACAGACAGGAUUACCUGGUUUGAUUGCAGAAGUUAAAAAGGCUUCACCUAGUAGAGGCAUUUUAAGAGAGGACUUUAAUCCAGUGGAAAUUGCCAAAGCCUAUGAGAAAGGUGGAGCUGCAUGCCUAAGUGUUCUGACAGAUGCGAAGUAUUUUCAGGGAAGUUUUGAAAAUUUGGAGGCUAUACGCAGUGCUGGCGUAAAGUGUCCUCUUCUAUGCAAAGAAUUUAUAGUAGAUGCUUGGCAAAUAUAUAAUGCUCGUACUAAAGGAGCAGAUGCUGUUCUUUUGAUUGCUGGAGUUCUGUCUGAUGUGGAUAUUGAAUACUUCCUGAAAUUAUGCAAGAAAUUGGGGAUGGCAGCUCUGGUUGAGGUGCAUGAUGAAAUGGAAAUUGAUCGUGUGCUUGGUAUUGAAGGAAUUAAACUUGUUGGAAUUAACAAUCGUAAUCUUGAGACGUUUAAGGUGGACAUCAGCAACACCAGGACGCUUCUUGAUGAAAGACGUCUAGAAAUUCUCAGUCAGAAAGAUAUUAUUGUGGUCGGAGAGUCUGGCUUGUUUACUCCUGCUGAUAUUAGUUAUGUUCAAGAGGCUGGUGUGAAAGCGGUUUUGGUCGGUGAGUCUCUUGUCAAACAAAAUGACCCUGCCAAAGGCAUCGCUAAUCUAUUUGGUAAAGAUAUAUCAUCAUUACGCCGCGAGUAACAAAUCAUACUGCCAAUUUCCAAGGUGAACCAAGAGACAUUGUUUUGCUGGUGUCCCAGGUGAACCAAGCUGACAUUCUUUUUGCGUAUUACUUUGCAUUGCCCAGCAGAUGCAGAGCUGUAAUUGGUUGUCUGUUUGUCUGUCCAGAAUGUAAACUGUUGUGUGUUGUAAUGCUGAUUAGAUGGCAUAUUUGAUGAUGUAAUAGGAAAAAUAAAACACUACAUUAGAGGAAUAUCGGCUAACGGAGCUACAUAGAUAAUUUGCUUGAUGCAAUAGUUAGGUGUUAAGAAGACGCUUAAGCUGGCGUUGUUUUGUAUUUCUACAUGUAGAACACCUAUAAAAUUACUACUUGAUACUAUUUUGUUUUGCAUCA